AUGAAAGGCGACAAGAACGUUGACAUCCAGGCUUUGAAAGACAUCGCCAACAAGUUGAGGAUUGACAGUAUCGUCGCUACUAACGCGUCCAAAUCGGGUCACCCGACAUCAUGCGCGUCCAUGGCGGAGAUCAUGUCGGUCCUGUUCUUCCACACCAUGCGCUACAAGAUCUCCGCGCCCAGGGACGCGUCGGCCGAUCGGUUCAUUCUCUCCAAGGGUCACGCCGCCCCCAUCCUAUACGCGGCUUGGGCUGAGGCUGGCCUGUUCCCCGUGGAGGAACUGAAGAACCUCCGCAAGUUGGACUCAGACCUGGAGGGUCACCCCACUCCUCGCCUCAACUUCGUGGACGUGGGCACCGGCUCUCUCGGACAGGGACUGGCCGUCGCCGCCGGUAUGGCGUACGUCGGGAAAUACUUCGACCAGGCUCCUUACAGAGUAUACUGCCUGGUGGGUGACGGCGAGGCGGCGGAGGGAAGUAUCUGGGAGUCUCUGCACUUCGCGAGCCACUACAAGCUCGACAACCUUGUCGUCAUCUUCGACGUCAACAGACUCGGACAGUCCGAGCCUACCUCGCUGCAACAUCAGCUGGAUGUGUACGACUCCCGUAUGAAGGCGUUCGGUCUCCACUCGCUGGUGGUGGACGGCCACGACGUGUCGGAGCUGGUGAAGGCGUUCGACGAGGCGGCCUCCGUCAGCGGACGACCCACCGCCAUCAUUGCCAAGACAUUCAAGGGGAAGAACUUCCCCGGCAUCGAGGACUUGGAGAACUGGCAUGGAAAGGCGCUCGGAGCUGAGGGAGAGAAGGUUAUCAAGCACCUCCAGUCCCAGAUCAAGAACAGCUCGAUCUCCCUGAAGCCGCGCGCGCCGCUGGCGGAGGCCCCGCGCGUGCACCUGGCCGACAUCACGCUGUCGGCGCCGCCCGCCUACUCCGCCGGGGAACUCGUCGCCACCAGGCUCGCCUACGGCACCGCGCUCAAGAAGAUCGCUGAUACUAACAUGCGUGUGAUUGCUUUGGACGGUGACACCAAGAACUCGACCUUCAGUGACAAGCUGCGCAAUGCUUACCCAGACAGGUACAUCGAGUGUUUCAUCGCGGAGCAGAACUUGGUCGGCGUGGCGACUGGCGCGGCGUGCCGUGACCGGGCUGUCGUCUUCGUCUCCACCUUCGCCGCAUUCUUCACCAGGACCUUCGACCAGAUCCGUAUGGGUGCGAUCAGUCAGUCCAACAUCAACUUGGCCGGCUCUCACUGCGGAGUCAGCAUCGGAGAGGACGGACCCUCGCAGAUGGGACUCGAGGACCUCGCACUGUUCAGGGCCGUGCCCACUGCCACCGUCUUCUACCCAUCGGACGCGGUGUCGACGGAGCGCGCCGUGGAGCUGGCCGCCAACACGCGCGGCAUCUGUUACAUCCGCACGUCGCGCCCCAACACCGCCAUACUCUACCCCAACGAUGAGGUCUUCAAGGUCGGUCAGGCUAAGAUAGUCCGUCAGUCACCAAAGGACCGCGUGUUGCUGAUCGGAGCAGGAAUCACUCUGCACGAGUGCUUGCUGGCUGCCGACAAACUCAAGACUGAGGGUAUCGAAGCCCGUGUCCUGGACCCGUUCACGAUCAAGCCCCUGGACGAGGCAGCCAUCCAGCAGCACGCGAAGGCGUGCGGCGGGCGCGUGGUGGUGGCGGAGGACCACUACCAGGCGGGCGGGCUGGGCGAGGCCGUGCUGUCGGCGCUGGCGCUGGCGCGCGACGUGGUGACGCAGCACGUGUGCGUGCGCGAGGUGCCGCGCUCCGGCCCGCCCGCCGCGCUGCUCGACAAGUACGGCAUCUCCGCGCCACACAUACGGAACGCCGCGCACCAAGUACUCAAGGCGUAG